AUGGCGUCAACCCCGAAAAACGACGAACAGUUAAACGCGCAAGAAGCGAUUUUAAAAGGCAUGCAAGACUCAACGGAGCCGACCAUUUUCGAUAAAAUCGUCAGCAAAGAAAUACCAGCGACGGUUUUAUACGAAGACAAUCUCGCCAUGGCGUUUAAAGACGUCAAUCCAGUCGCUAAGACGCACUUUUUGGUCAUUCCGAAAAUCAAAGCCGGACUGUCGCAGCUGAGCAAAGCGAACGAGGACCACAAGAUGUUGUUAGGGCAUUGCAUGUACGUCGCGCAGAUGGUGGCAAAACAAGAAAAGUUGGAGAAGGGAUUUCGGGUGGUCAUUAACGACGGCGUGGAUGGAUGCCAAUCGGUGUAUCACUUACAUUUGCACGUGAUUGGAGGACAGCAGUUAAGUUGGCCGCCCGGGUGUUGA